CAGUAGUGGUGUGAUGUGUGUUGGUGACUGACGGACGAGAAAGCAAAACGCAUUCACUUGAGAAGCGUUCCAAUUUUUUUUCGGUGAAAAUUCAGGUGAAAACCGGCUCCAAACGUGGCGAAAAUAGUUGAAAACGUGAAAUAAGUGUCGAUUGCGCAAGGUGUGACUGCAGAUCCAGCGUAUACUGCCAGAUCACUUGGUCAGCGCUGCCAACACUGGCUGUCCACCCUGAACAGCCUAUCAUUCGACACCGCAAUCAUCGGUCAUCAUUUGUGCUUGAAAACGGGUUCACUGAUGUGUUUUAUGUGCGACUCCCCCAUCUCUACACAACAUCAUCAGCAAAAGCAGUGAUAGUAGUGGUGGCAGUAGUAGUAGUAGUAGUAAUCGUUUAUGUUGGUGUACGUUUCUAUGUGCAUCUGAUCGCUCCGGCAUACGGCGAGCGCAGAACAAAAGUACAUACCUAGACGGCGAGGAACGAGAGCAGAGUCGUCAGACACAGAAAAGAUGGCCGAUCUGGACGCAGUGAAUCUCGGUCUGGACGAAACGGAACGCGAUAUCGCGGAAGCACUGGAAAAUAGCUACGAUACGAGGAGUGAAGCAUCUCAUGCUAGCUCUGAUAGUACCACGACGAAUCCCAGUAUCAGUGAGGUAAGCUCCGAUUCCUCGGACGAUGAUGAUGACGAAGAAGAUGACGAUGAGAAUACCGAGCGGAGAAAUUCUGCUGGCAAAAAGCAGCAGCAAAAGAAGAAAACUAAGAAGAAGGAAGAGAAAGACUCCAAGAAAGAUGGGGAAAAAGAUGGCGGAAGUAGCGGUGGAAAUGCUACAACGAAUAACAGUACUAAGAAGGAGCGGAAAUCUCGAAGUCGGAGUCCACAGGCGUCAUCGACAGCGGACACUUCCACCGAAACCAAGAGAAAUCGAACGAAGAAUAGCUCCGUUAAAAACUCCGCCAAAUCGUAUGACUAUGUCACCAAAAUUAAUUAUCUUUUCCGGGAGACUCGUUUCUUUCUGAUCAAAUCAAAUAACACGGAAAAUGUGACAAUUUCUAAGACAAAGGGCGUAUGGUCCACCUUACCCCCAAAUGAAGCCAACCUGAAUCAGGCAUUCCGGGAAAGCCGAAAUGUCAUUCUGGUGUUUUCCGUGAAGGAAAGCGGAAAGUUUGCCGGAUUUGCUCGUAUGGCUGCCGAGGCUCGUCGAGAUCUCCCAGCAGUGGAGUGGGUUCUUCCACCCGGUAUGUCAGCAAAAGCACUCGGAGGAGUCAUCAAAAUAGACUGGGUAUGCAAAAAAGAGCUGCCCUUCACAAGCACUACGCAUUUGUAUAAUCCAUGGAACGAAAACAAACCAGUUAAAAUCGGACGUGAUGGACAGGAAAUAGAACCUAAAGUGGCGGAAGAACUAUGUAGACUAUUUCCGGAGGAUACUGCAGUAGAAAUGACGCCAAUCCUAAAGAAAUCAAAAGAAGCUUCAAAGUUGAUGAAAGAGAAGGCUGCUUCAAAGUCUUUCCGACGUCCACCGAACUUCUCUCGCCCAACCAGUUCAAUGAUGCGAGGAGGCCGUGGUGGUGGCGGAGGCGGUGGUCCAAUUCGAGGAGGUCGUAGAAAGAUGUUCCCUGGAAAAGGCCGUCCCGGAAUGUUUCCUCCGUAUCGGAAGGAUAUGCGUCAAAGACAUGGUGGUCCCCGCAUGCCUCCGGGUGCGGCGGCAGCUGUAGCGGCUGCAAGUGCUGCUGGGUUCCAUGGUUGGGAACGGUACAGUAGCACUGCUGCUGCCGAAGCUUACGUAGCUGAUUAUAUGCGCAACAUGCAACACCAGUUGCCUCCGAUGCCGUACGCUCCACCACCCGGAUUCCCUGGAAUUCCAAUGCCGUAUGAUGGUUUACCUCCGCCACCACGCUAUUAUGAAGGAUUACCUAUUCCAGAUUAUCCUCUGCCACCGGGUGCUAUUCCCGGAAGUGUAACCGGAGCGGCUGGAGUACCACCUCCACGUCCAUACGAUAAAUAUGAUGAAUUCAUGUGGAAACCACCACCAGGAGGAGCACCUGGAACCACACCGGUGCCCACAUCUACGGCUGGAGGCACUGCCCUGCCCUCGAUGAAAGGUCCGCCACCGCCGCUUCCGAAUUACCACGUUCCACCGCCGGCAAUGCCACCAACAGCCAGCGGCCCAUCGCAUGGCCGUAAGAAUGAUCGAGGUGGUGAGGAUAAUCGUGGCCAGCGAGAUCGCGACCGUAACCAUCGGAACGAUCGAAACCACCGUGGUGGCAGAGGCUACAACAAUCGAGAUCGACGAUGAUUGGAAGCCUCACCAGUCUCAAAGCGGUUAUCGUCCGCUAGAUACCGCUAAGCUGCGUCCUUUACCUGCAUAUAAGUUACUGGUCCGUGAUAAUUCAUCGAUGGAACUACCACAAACAAUUAUAGUUUGCUUUUUGGAGCAGACUGAAACAACACCCAGCUUUUUCCAACAUCAUCGUCAUCACUUGCAUCGAUAACUACUCAUAGUCGAGGAGCUAGCUGAGAAUCUUCGCAUUAUCUCAACCAGCCUAGUGGAGUGCAUCUGUAGGGGCGCCCUGGGGACGCGGAGAUUAUGCUUGGUGUUUAGUGAUCUCUCGUCGUUAUGUGGUGGCGUUUUGCUUAUUAGUGGAACGGAAGAAGACAGUGCUUUUUGUGUUGGCAUUUUGCAUACUAUCCCAUUUGAAAACGACAGUGAAGAAACCCAGAACAUCGUGUCAUUCUCUUCUGGAAUAUGAAGCUCGACGGUUCCUCUUAACGAACUUAGGCUUUGAUUAGUGCACGGUCUGUUUGACGAAGAAAAAAAGUGAUUUUCUCUGCGUUAUGGAUUUUGUUGGGUAAAAAAAACAAGAAUAAUGAUUUAUGAAAAAAUAAGUUUGGGAAGAACUUUCCUAACAGAUUCAUGAUGCGCCAAUCUGUUCCAUCUAGAAGCUACAAAAAGUAUUCUCACGUCAAUAAGAAGAAAGUAAAAAGAAAACAACUUUGUGAUUGUCUGUCGACGGUAUGGCGGAAGUAGCAUGGACAAAGUGCUAAAUGUGGAUCUCGAUCAUCUCCGUGGUAGAAAGAAAGCAGUGUAUUUACAGACAAUCUGAAGAUACAGAAGAAAAUACAUAAAAUAUUUGUGUAAUCGUGUUUAGAAAGAUUAAAAUUGCAAACAAAACUACAAUUAUAACUACUGCUAGUAUGCUACUAAGAUAUUUACCCUAUAUAACGCAACCCAUACAUAACCACUAUGUAUCGACAGGCAAAGCAAACAAAAAAAGAAUGAAAUUUAAAUUAUGAACUUUUACUAGUAAUCCAAUAAAGGUUAAGAAACUACCCAA